AGAACUCGUCAAACCAUGUUGCUCCUCCUCCGGGAUCAAAGGUAGCCUAGAUUGCACUCUAAAGCGCAAAGGACCUCACAACUUGUUCUAAAAAAGCAAUGAAAUUGCAAAGUACAUCUAGCGAUCAUUACAGAUGCACACUAGCCUGGGAAUUCUGAGAUCUUUCGCCAGACGCAAACCAAAAUUGGUUUUUUUGGGUCUGCAGACUUACAACCAAUUUUAGUAGAUUGAGUGGAAAAUACGGUAGUUCGUACUGGCGCAAUUUCUUGAUAAUUGAUCUCAGGAGUCCCUCACGGGAAGAAUCAGAGAAAAGCAAAUGCCAAAAGUCAUUAUGGAGAAUAUAGUUUGCCACAGGAAAGCCCAGAGGACCAGAGUUUUCCUUUAUUCUCCCAUUUCAGCGAGGAAUCUCUCCUCUCGUGUGCCAUCCCCUGCCGCUUUAAAUCUAUGGUGGGGUGGCAGCUUCACAUUGUCUUCCCUUCCCUCUUAACGAGAAUUUGAAGGUUGAGAGCUGAUAAUAGAUGGAUGACUCACUCGACGAAUCGCUCAUAGAAAUUGAUAAGCACGAGAGCGAUGGAUCCUACCUCAAAGACGACGAUCCUGAUGAAUCCCAUUGCAUACACCUGAUGAAUUUGAUCUUAAGCGGCACUGCUCGACUCAAUGUUCUCUUGCCAUCGGCCACCAUCCUUGCCUUCGCUAUUUUCGUGCCAAUCUUGACGAAUGAUGGCAAGUGCACGCCGUUGAAUCGCUGGCUGAUGGGUUUCUUCUUGGUCCUCUCUGCAGCUUCGUGUCUCUUCUUUACAUUCACCGACAGCUUUCGAACAGCUACCGGCAGGUUAUAUUACGGGAUUGCAACAUUUAGAGGCAUAUGGACCUUUAACGGCAGCAGGAAAAGGCCAUGCGUGCCUUCGGAUUACAGGCUAAGGUGGAUGGAUCUCUUCCAUGCAUCGCUUUCCCUGUUUGCAUUUCUUACUUUUGCCGCAUUGCACAGUGAUGUCGUGGGGUGCUAUUACCCGGGAUUGCCUAAGAAGGUGACCAAUGUCGUUCCGCUUGUGGUAGGGUUCGUCGUGAGUGCUCUGUUCGUCCUGUUUCCAUCUAAAAGAAGAGGAAUAGGGUAUCCUUUCCUUCUACAGAGAGACGCCUUCUACUCCAGGCGUUGACGGACACCUCGUUCUCAUGUAUCA